UCUAGCCAUUCAUUAUUCUACGUCUACAGCAGUGGUCAAUUAGUUGCGACAUGAAUCGUAAACUGGUGUUUCAAGAUAAAGAUUUUCAAAGAGCGUUUGAAUUGGAGGCUGGCCGAGAGGACGACGGUUGGACGAAGACCGGCACGUGGACGGAAAGCUCGGAGUUCUGGAAGAUGGUCGAUUACGAUGCGGCGGUACCGCUUCAUCUCAAGUGUAGAAUUCGCGUGAACGACGUGCCUCUGGAGAAGUGCCGGAAACUACUGACGAACGUUGAGCUGAGGAACAAGUGGGAUGGGGCUAAGUUUGAGGUGAAUCAACUGGAAAGGAAUCCUUACUACUCAACAAUCUACUGGAUAUUCCAUCUGCCAUUUUUUGUACAGAACAGGGACAUGGUCCAGCACACAGCAGUAAGGUGGAUUCCCGAGAAGAAGGCUUACGUAAUUCUCUACAAAGACGGGACACAUCCCAGCAAGCCUGAAACGAAUGAUUACAUCCGUAUGAAGACUGGCCUUAGCUACACCAUACUGAGACGAGCAGACAAUGAUCCUAAUACAACAAUAAUGUCUACAUUAGGAAACAACGAGUAUGGUGGUUGGUUGCCUUAUGCUUUGAUGGGCAAACUAUAUGCCAGUUCUCUAACCAAGCUCAGUCAAAGAUUGACGAAAGCAUGCAGUGACUACAGUGAAGAAAGUACAUCACUUCAAAAGCCAAUUCAAAAGCAAACACCUAGUCUAGGUGUUGCUGCUUCUAGACAGUACCACAGAAGUCUAUCUGUUAAAGAUCAGCGAUAGGACAAUGAUUUUGACUUAUUCUUGUUAGGAAUUUUUAUAAAGUAAAUUCUGUGCUACUUUUAUUGAAGAGUAUUUAAUUCUACUGAAAUAAACAAUUAAAUUUCUUGACGUGAAAA